UCAUCGUCCGCGAAGCCCAUCCUUGGGAUUCGAUACGAGCCGGCGACUCUCUCCUCGCUCCAUUCAUUGCGUCCGUCGCACAAAGGGUGCCGGCCGCUGAGAUCUCUCUGCGGCAUACAUCGGACACGGCUUUCCUUGGCCGCGUUAACGGGACGCCUUCACGACAACUCAUCUGCGCGCGCUAACUUACAGUACCUCUUGAUUCCGGAUACCGUUCCUCGCAUCCCAAAAUUCCAACGAUGCCUACGCCGUCCUCGGAUGAGUCCAACCAGCACUCGCAGCGCUUUCAUCUUUUCGCGACAUCAUGUCCCGACCUUGAGGAACAGCCGCAACAAGUAAUAUCACAAACAAUCUCAGAAAGUGCGACCUCGCCGGGGUCGCCGUCACAAACGCGCUGGCGGUCAUUUGUGCAGUCACAAAUUCCUACUGAGCCCAGGGCCUGGCCGAGCCGUCAGAACAUCAACGCCGAUUCGGGAUUAGCCACCAUGUCGCCCGGGCCGCAGCCAGAGGGCGUCGGCAUCCGCGAUGCCGAUAUGGACCUAGAGCAUGGGCACCAGCGGUUACAGAUCGCGCGGUCAGGCGCUGAGGAGGGACAGAAGUCGACGGAUGUAGAUGAGGAUACGAGCUCCUCCGUCGACGACACUUCUGGCCCCGUAGUUCCUGGCCGCGGGAGGGGGGAGGUGGCGAAAGGCAGGGCUGGCGCGACGCCAGACAGGAGGAAGCCGACAACGGAAGUUCCCUUGCCAGUUGCGGGAGCUAUACACGAGGUGGACGCGUGGAGUCCGGUAGUAGGAAAUGGCCCGCGGUGGGUGGAGGACAGCGGGCUCGUUGGUCUGGGCCUGGAGUACUCUCAUAUGAGGGUCAUACCACCCCCGACAUCGCUAUACCUUCAUCCCGGGAGUCGAUUCGUCGGAACGCAGCAGUCGGAGCGGCAGCGGUACGAUGUCGAGGUGCAGAUCAAACACGUGGACCUUCGCGAGUCUUUCCUAUGUGGGUACCUCCGGAUACAGGGUUUAACCAACGACCAUCCCACCCUAACAACCUACUUUGAAGGCGAGAUCAUUGGGACGAAAUAUGGCUUCAUCACCCAGCAUAAGGGGUGGGGAGCGACGGAGAAGAUUGAUUUCUCGCACUGGAACAAGUUCACCGCGUUCAGGCCGUACCAUAAGCAGGCUCGCAAGGGCGGCCAGAUCGUCAUCAAGGAUGUGGACCAACGGGAGAACAUCUUUAUGCGAUGGAAAGAGCACUUCCUCGUCCCCGACCACCGUGUCCGGACGAUCAACGGAGCCAGCUUCGAGGGAUUCUACUACAUCUGCUUCAACCAGGUACGGGGAGAGGUCAGCGGUAUAUAUUUCCACAGUAAGAGCGAGAAGUUUCAACAGCUUGAGUUGACGUAUGUCUCGAACCGGGGAUGUUUUGGCGCUCUGGAGUUCAGAUAAACCUAGGAAGCGGCUUUUGUUCAGGAUUUAAUUCGGAUUGCAUACACACGGCGGAAAUUUAGCUGCUAAAGGGCCUAGCGGGAGCGUGAAUUUCUUUUUUCAGUAUGUCAAGAGUUUCGGAGUUGGGACGUCAGCGCUGCAUAUCGCGUUUGGGA